AUGGCUUCCACAGGGAGUGGCCUCCGCAUACAGGGGGAUGACAACCUCCAGUCUAUGCUGGUGGGGACAGUGAUGAGGAAAAUUAAGUCUCGUACCUGGAAGAAGCAGCGCUAUUUCAAACUGCAGGAUGACUGCAUGACCAUCUGGUAUAAGUCCAAGAAGGCUGGCAAUACCCACUCCACAUUUUCAGUGAGCGACGUGGAGGCAAUACGAGAGGGGCAUCAGUCUGAGGUGCUGCUCAGCAUUGCAGAUGAGUUCCCAGCCGAACGAUGCUUCACACUGGUCUUUCGCGGUCGCAGGGGCAACCUGGACCUGGUGGCAGAGUCAGCUGAGGAGGCACAGACCUGGAUCAGGGGCAUGAGGAAGCUGAUUGAGAACCUGGAAAAUAUGGGGGAGCGAGAGAAACUUGACCAAUGGAUUGGUGACUGGUUCAAGAAGGCAGACAAGAACAAUGAUGGCAGGAUGAACUUCAAGGAAGUGCGAGAUUUACUGAAGAUGAUGAAUGUGGACAUGAAUGAGCACCACGCUCAUCGUCUCUUCACAAUGGCUGAUAAAUCCCAGUCGGGUACACUUGAAGAUGACGAGUUUGUGUUCUUCUACAAGAUGUUGACUCAGCGGGAGGAUGUACUGAGGGUUUUCCAGGAGUACUCAGUCGAUGGCCAGAAGCUAUCCCAAAGCGAUUUAGAGGAUUUCUUGAGAGAGGAACAGCUGGGGGGGGACAACCUCCAGCAGCAUGCCAAGCAGCUCAUUGAACGCUAUGAGCCCUCAGACACAGCUAAGAUGAUGAAUGCCAUGACAUUUGAUGGCUUCUUGAUGUACCUUGGAUCAGCUGAGGGCUCCAUCUUCAACCCACAACAGCGGGGCGUGUACCAGGACAUGAGCCAGCCGCUGUGCCAUUACUUCAUCUCCUCCUCCCACAACACCUACCUAAUGGAAGACCAACUCCGAGGCCAGAGCAGUGUGGAAGGAUACAUCAGGGCUCUGAAUCGCGGCUGCCGGUGUGUGGAAGUGGACUGCUGGGAUGGUGCCAAUGGAGAGCCCAUUGUUUAUCAUGGACACACUUUCACCUCAAAGAUACUUUUCAAGGAUGUGGUCAAUGCAGUGAGCAACUACGCCUUCAAGGUAUCAGAAUAUCCAGUCAUCUUGUCCAUCGAGAACCACUGCAGCAUUGAGCAACAGAGAGUCAUGGCCCAACACCUCAACCACAUCCUCGGUGACAAGCUGCUGAAAAGCACAUUAGAUGGCAAGGCCCCAAUUGGGUUGCCAUCUCCUGAGGAUCUGAAGGGGAAGAUUCUGCUAAAGGCCAAGAAAAUUGGUGGACUGGAAGAGAGUUUCAAUGGGAUGGUGGAGGACUCUCUUACUGGGGAGGUCAGCGAUGAAGAUGAGGUGGCUGAAAUUGAUGAAGAUAAUCUUCACCGUGAGGCCAUCCAUCGCAGGGUUAAGAAAUCAAAGCAACGUCUGUCCAAGGAGCUGUCAGACUGUGUUGUUUACUGCAAAAGCGUCCACUUCAGCAGCUUCAAACACUCCCGCAUCCACUCCAAGUUCUAUGAGGUGGCUUCUUUCACAGAAUCUAAAGCCCGCAAACACCUGAGAGAGGCUGGGGCUGAGUUUGUGCACCAUAACUCACGGCAACUGACCAGGGUUUAUCCUAGUGGCUUCCGAACUGACUCCUCCAAUUUCAAUCCUCAGGAAAUGUGGAAUGCUGGGUGCCAAAUCGUUGCUUUGAAUUUUCAGACUGCUGGGGAAGGGAUGGAUCUGAAUGAUGGCCUCUUCAGUCAGAAUGGUCACUGUGGAUAUGUCCUGAAGCCCAGUUUUAUGAGAGAAGUUGAGAAAAGAUUUGACCCUGAAAUGCCCCAAAAACGGAAUGGCUACCGACCUGUCAUCCUCAACAUACAGGUGAUCAGUGGCCAACAGCUUCCCAAAGUCAACAUCAAAGAGGAUUCUAUAGUGGAUCCUCUGGUCAGGGUGGAGGUCCAUGGAGUCCCUAUGGACCAGGCCAAGCAGGAGACCAGAUACAUUGAGAACAAUGGGUUCAACCCUGUGUGGUAUGAUACUCUGCGCUUCACUAUCCACACUCCUGAGCUGGCCAUGGUGCGCUUUGUGGUGGAAGACUAUGACAAGACAUCUAAAAAUGACUUUGUGGGGCAGUAUACACUUCCUCUUAGUUGUAUGCAGCAAGGUUAUCGUCACAUUCACCUUUUAUCCAAGGAUGGGACCAGUAUUCCUCCUUCCUCCUUAUUUGUGCACAUCAGGAUCACAGGACUAGAAUAAACAUUCUUCACUUUCUUAAUACACCAGAUAUAACAUCCUUAGCGCGUACUAUUUAAUAAUGAGAGUAGAAUCAUUCCUAACUCUACAAAAUAGGUAUAGUUCCUAAAGUAGUUUUUAAAAUUGUUUGAUGUGAAGAAAUUCUAUGCCAAAUGUUUAGUGGUUGUUACGCAGCAGAUAUAUGUUAGAUGUGCAUGUUUUUUCUUUUUCUGUUUGUUCUCUAUGGUGUGUGUGUGUGUCUGUCUCUGUGUGUGUGUCUCUGUGUGUAACCUGUUCCUGUGAUUAACUUGAAUUAUGCUGCUCAUGUUUGAUGUACUGUGUCUGUUGCACAAAGAUUUGUUUCUGUUGUAGAGAAGAAUGUGCCACCAAUAUGUUUAGAGUGGGAUUUAUAUUUCCUGUCAGUAUUUUCUUUUAACAAACAGCACUUCGUGGACUCUGUCUGGCUGCUGCAUUCCUCUGCUCUCACCAUGGUCAACAUGCAAAACUUGAAAUGCAUUUCUCCUCCAGCUACACAGAGGUACAACAGUUAUUUACAUGAAAAGUUUAAGGGAAGAAAGAGUAUUUAUACCAGAAAGGCACAGUGUACUAAAUUUGAAACAUACUGAGUUUAAACAAGUUGAAUUUGUAUUCAGUACUCUGAAGUUGUCAAUUUGUUUCUGAAAUGUUUUGAGAUGGAUUAAAUGAAGGUCCAGAAUUGACGUUCAAAUUGUGGUGAGACAUUCAGAGACAUUUAAGUGAGCACAGAUUUAACCAAGUCUCCAACAAUAAGUAAGAGUAAUGUAACAUCUCCUAACU